AGGGAAGACGAGGGGAGCGAGUCGGGCAACUGCUAGAGGAGACACGAGAUCGUAGACUGGAAAUCGCUGAUAAAUUGAACGUUAGCACCGGAGGACUGGCACUACAGCCACACGCCAGUUGCUGUGGGAUAUACCGGUCUUGAUUAUUUUUCAUCCUAAUUUUUCCCUGAAUGAAGCGGGAUGGCUGAAGUGCCGCCUGGGCCUAGCGCGUUGCCUGCAUCCCCGGCCGAAAUUAUUCUCUUCCCCGGGGGUGGCUGCGCUGUACCCGGGGAGGGGGAAGAGCGAGGCUGUGGGCGAGGAGAUACAUUGACUCCCGGGACAGGACAGCAACAACAAGUAAGUGAGGGGAAAGGGACGAGCAAAACGAACCAGAAUCAUCUAUACCCCCACUCAGUGGCUCUCAAUUUCCACACACAGACACAACAACAACUCAACGGUUUAAUCAGCUCUGCGGAGGACGGCCUCCUUUUCAGCCAUCAUACCCGUACGCACAGCCACCUCCACCACCCGGCUCAUAGACCCCCUGACAGCCAGAGAGGGCCAGGCGAGCACUGUGACAGCGCCUGUGAAGCCCCGGCCGGGAGUCCAGAGAACAACAACUUCAACGACUUAAACAGUCGCGAUUACCAACAGGAAUACAACCCGCUUGCACAGCAGAAUCAUUCUCAUUCAAACAACAACAGCAUCAACAGUAUGCUAACGAUGGCCAGAACCGAGGCCAGUCCCAGUCAGCUCGCCGGAGAGGAGAUGGUCAGGAAAGGUGACCACAGCAGGACUGAACCGCGGCCUUCCCCCGAUGACCCUCCCGACGGGGGGACGGUGGGAGCCGGGGAAGGCCCCGGAACGCAGCGGGCUGGAGUUGAGCCGGCAGCGGCGCUUGACGCCGCGGCUGACCUGCAGACACCUGUGUCGGAAAUGGCGAGGUUAGACCUCAACAGCCAACCCGAAGGAGCAGAGGAGGGAGACGCGGCGAUCCAGUACGUGAGAUACGAGUCUGAAUUGCAGAUGCCGGACAUCAUGAGGCUGAUCACUAAGGACUUGUCGGAGCCCUAUUCCAUUUACACCUAUAGGUACUUCAUUCACAACUGGCCUCAGCUCUGCUUUCUGGCCAUGGUGCGGCAGGAAUGCGUGGGGGCCAUCGUGUGCAAACUGGACAUGCACAAGAAGAUGUUCCGCCGGGGCUACAUCGCCAUGCUCGCCGUGGACUCAAAGUACCGCCGGAAAGGCAUCGGUACCAAUCUGGUGAAGAAGGCCAUCUAUGCCAUGGUGGAGGGGGACUGUGACGAGGUGGUUCUGGAGACGGAGAUCACAAACAAGUCGGCCCUGAAACUGUACGAGAACCUGGGCUUUGUGAGGGACAAACGGCUCUUCCGAUACUAUUUAAACGGGGUGGACGCACUGAGACUCAAACUGUGGUUGCGCUAGCCACACCCUGGCCCCUCCCACCCCAGAGCCCCUCCCUCCCUUCCCCCUGUUUUGCCUCUCCCUCCUGGACGCAAUUUGGAGAAACAAGUUUCUUCUUACUGGGAGCGGGGAGACAAAAAAAAACAACAUACAGGCCAACAGACAACAAACAAGAAUGAGUAAAAACAAAAAAAUGAAAUGAAACAAAUGAAAAAACUGCAAAGAAUUCAAAGUAUAUAUUAAAAGAGAGAGAGAUUAUUGAAUUGAGUGGGCACCCAGGUGUUUGCUGUUCCUGCUGCUGCCCUUAGUACGGAUCUUGGGGGGCGGGGUUCGGUUGCCGGACUUGUCUGAUGUCACCUGGCAGAGUGCGGGAGGACCCCCUGACCCCCACCUUGUCUCCACGCGCUGUUUGAGUGACGUCCCAGGACCCGGCAGGCCGGACCGCCUGCCCGACCUCCCAUCAAACCCGGCCGGCAACAAGACAAAACCACAGGCUCCCCUCUGAGUCUAUUUUUUACACACAAUAAUUUUAGACAGAGGAGCGCUAAACCUAAAACACCUAGAGAACAGAAACGAUGCCUAUGAAAAUCUGCUAUUUGUGGAGUUUAUUUUUAUUGUAUUCUUUUCCCUUUUAUCUUGUGUUGAAAUGGAGUGUGUGAGGGUGAGGAUGUGUGUACAAUGAUUCGG